CACUUGAGCUCAUAUAAAACUACAACUAAAAUGACGACGACGAGGGGGCACACAAUGCUGCUAUUAAUCACAUUAUUCAGUGUCUAUGCGAGCGGUACAGACGGUCAGUCCUAUCUGCUCACCUUGGAGAACGUACUUACACGACAACUGCCAUACAAUCUAACCAGUGUGAACGGCACCAGCGGAACGGAUCUGUUAGCCGAACAAGUGGAUAAUAACACAAGGAUAUUUGUCUAUAAAAAUAUUGUGGACUCUAGCAACGAACUGUCUCAGACGGCAAUGGAUGUGAUUACCAUUGUUUGGUAUGUGGCUACAUUUCUGGCUCUGGGUGCUUUCUUUAUGCUGAUGGCCUGUUCGGAUCGCAGAUGCCGCGAUACGCGUAGUCCACAAUCGAAUGCCACGUCCAACGAAGCACAGCGUGCACCACCCACGCCGUCGCCGUCGUACAGUGAAUUUGCACCGCCCAGCUAUGAUACGGUUAUCAAAAUGCAGCAUGCGGCCAAGCCGAGCAUCUUUGUUAUACCGUUCAACAGUGAGAAUAAAGCCAAUGAUGAGUCGAAUGUGACGCCCGUAGUGCCACCACCCGCCAGCAUCUAUACAAUCGAUGAACGGCCCAAGGCACAGCAUUGACGGGGCCAUUGCCUUUAAGCCACAUUCGGUCCACAUUGGGGCUGUGCAAUUAACGUCUCUGUGAUAUUUACCUGGUGCUCAUUCAAAAUGCCCUCGUUUUGGGUGAACG